GGAUGGUUCGUAGGCGAUCAUGGCCGAUUGCAGUGUGGUUGUUCGGCGUCUGGGGACGCAACCUAACUGUGGAGCACCAGGAGGACUGGUGAGUAGGGUUCACUCUGAAUCGGACUCCUCCGGGUUUGUAAGCGGUAGCGCGAGCAACUCGACUUUGGAUGGGUCAACGGAUUCUAUCUCAGAUGCAUCGGCUCCGCAACCGCUCCCUGGUCACCGUCGCUCUUCUGGUCAGCGAUUGGCGAAACUAAUCAGCGCAUUUACUCCUUGUCGAGGACGCACAGCCAGACGUAGUCACUCCCUUGGAGGUCCGAUGCGCUCUGGUGAAAUGUCUCAUGUGCGGACAAGUCAAACUCACGACACUGACAGUGUGCCACGUGACCGUCGCGCCUCUGACAGUCCCGAACAAUCUCGGUUGCCCCCGUCGAUCGAUGUCCUCGGCAAUUAUCGGUAUUCAGUUGAGCUGAGAGGGCAGUUUCCUCAACUAAUCCACUCUGCCAAACUGGAUAUGCCUACUGUGGAACCGUCUGCUGAAGUGCUGGAAUUUCGUCGCAAAUGGCCAGCUUCCUUUGCCACCUUGGUGAUUAAUUAUCUGGGAUUUCUAUCGUUCAGUCCGGAGGAUUCGGCGCAGAUAACAGACGCCCUAGUAAAGGAGGCAAAGUCAACACCGAUCACUACAGAAUUGAACAUGGCCUCGGCACCUAUCACAAAGCGGGGAUUCACACCGCAAAAGAUGAUACAUUCCAGAGAGACGCGAGGUUGCGAUAAGGAUUUAGAACACUGGUACAUCGUGACUAGUACUAUCAUCAGCUAUUUAUUGGAAGAAAAAAGAUACAAUCAUCGCUUCAUUCUGCGCCGACCGGGAAAUCACUCAUGCGUAAACGAACUGGAAUGCGCCCUUUUUCCCUCCAAGCGAUGUCCCCUUUCGAUGAGCGUGAAAAAUCAUGCGUCCGACACACUGGACGAUGGUUUUCAUCAACUUCCUGCUGCGGCAUCAGAAGUUGUUGGCAUUUUAAAUCGGUACGACUCGUUGGUCAUCGCCUGCUUGCUAUCUCGUGUCCUGCGGCGCCGUGGCAUUGGUUUGAUUCCACCUCAUCUGCGUCGCCAUUUUCUAUCGCUUGUCAAUGGAGUGAAUCCAACGGAACCGAUUCAACGCAGAGCUAUUCGUUUGUUGUUCCAAUUGGUUCACAGACGUUUGAUAAUUUCGGUGUUGCGACCUUUGUUGGACCUGCUUGCCCACGUGGCGAACGAGCCCGAAUGUGAGGUAGACCAGUGCAGCCUGGCCGUGCUAUUUGCUCCCGUCUUCUUCAUGGAUCGAGCCACAACCACACCGGCAUCUUUGGCCAACCCAUUGCCGAGUCACGUGGUCGAGCUGUUCGUAUCAUUUGCUCGCCGCGAUCUGCAACAACAUCAAUCGGUUUCUAGUCUGUUCCAAAUCCCUGUUCUAUUUCAAGAGGACUGUGCACGGAAUUUACGACUUCUCACUGAGCACGAUGAUCCCCCUUUGUCCUGUAGCCUGAGGUACUGUGUGACCAUGACUCAAAGCCCAAGGUGUAGAAGUGUGACUCCAGACACCAUUGUUGGAUCGAUUCCAACCGACCAAGAUUCCAAGUCUGUCUUUCCAAAGGUAAGCGUAACUCAUACGUGUAUAAGUAUUUCCGCUGUUUUUCAUUUGUUGUAAUUUUGUUCUACGCCAAGUUUCUGAUUUCGACCGAUGACUUAUAUCUUUGAAAUGACGAAACUUUUGGAGAGGGCAGAUGGACGAACUAGCGAAAUUGUUGGAAUUAUCCAAUGCUCAAUAGGGGUAAUCAGAAUAUAGUGGGGUUCAUGGCUGUUUGUCUGCCUCCUUCCGUGUAGCUUGUUCUACCGAUUAUUCUUAAGUAAUCAACAUUCUUAUGCAUGAUGUUUCAGUUGGCUAGCGACAUAAGCAUGACAAAUUCACCUUUGUAUGAAAGCAUCAAAAUCUCACUGUGGCUUUUGGCAAACGAAACAGCUGACCUCCGGUUGCAGCGGUUAAUUGGUCUCGUAAUGGUUCUACUUCGCUUACCCCGACCGACAAAAUAGGUUGGAAGGCGUUCUUCUUGCAAAGAUCUAUGUGUGUAUCCAUCUUGUAAAUGUUCAAUACUCCGUUGCACAUUUUCCAUAUCAGGGUAACGUCGUGAAACCUGAGGAAGUACCAACCCAGUCCAGUAGAUGGUUUAGCGGGUUUCACACAUUUGCAUCAUGCAGCUGUUACCUUGCCCAAUAAAGUCGUCAUCAAAUGAGGUGACCGCGUACUCAUGUUCACUAACUUUGGUCCACAGUAACAUGCUUUUUGCAAUUUUCAGGUUAAUUUGACCUCGACGUUUAUGGGAAAGCGUCCCAGGCAACGGUCUCCCUUAGUCGCCUCUCCCGGUCUAACUCCAUUGCUGAAAAGCGCUCUACUCAGUCCAACAUUGGAUUUCCGUGUGCGACGAACGCCAACAAAUGGUGGACCGAAAAUGCUCAUUCCCUUUCCCUAAGACGCGUAUGCAUCAUAUCGAGGAGUGACCUUGAUCAUCAUGUAAAAUAGUACACUGUACAUACGUGACAUAUUUAUUCCGCAUGCGCCUUCAGUCAUCCCGUGGCCACGUCUGUCAUUCGUCCUCCGCAACGUGUGUUUUGUCGGAGUACCAUGACCUUGGCUUUGUGAUCUUUCUCUCCAUCUGUUCUGUCUUCCCAUUUAUAUUUGCAUUAACAUGUCAGUUUCCGAUCA